AGAAUAAAUUCUGCAUACUACGACGCGCUGUUCGCUCCCGAGCCGCACGUCGUUGGCACUGAAAAAGAGUUCAAGCAACGUGCCUGGGCGUUCAAGUGAAGGAAAAGUCCCCACGUUGUUCGGGUUCCCUUCGUAAUUGACUUUGGUGGCCAUGGUCGACUUCCGACAACUGGCGUGCUCACUCCUGGGUUCUUUGCUCUUCCGACUAUCACCGCCAGGGUGCUACUACGACUUCCACCGAGAUGUAUCCAAGUCAGUCGCUAUCAUUGGAGCGGGGAGCGCUGGACUGGCUAUGUUGAAAACCCUGUUGGAUCUCCCAGUCGAGACUCGCUCGGAAUGGGAUAUAGUUCUAUACGAGCGACGCAGGGACGUUGGGGGAAUAUGGCUGCCAGAUCCAUCACCCCCUCCUCCACCUGAGCUACCCGAGACUCCAUUGUAUCCCUUGCUGCGUACUGGCACCCCCGUCCCCAUCAUGACUUAUCCCCACUUUCCAUUCCCACCUGGCACCCCUCUUUUCCCCUCACAUGAAUACAUAGAACGCUAUCACCAGGAUUAUGCGACCCAUUAUGGCCUCUGGCCAUAUAUAAAGUUAAACCAUUCUGUGGUGUCGUCGUCAUGGGUAGGAACACUACAUGCAGGACGUUGGGAGAUGGUUGUUGAAGAUCAUAAUGGUCACCGGGUACAAAAAUCGUUCGACCAUCUCGUCGUUGCAGUUGGAAUAAGUUACGCGCCACAUGUGGUGAUAUUUCCGGGACAAGAAACGUGGCUAGAUAACGCCAGGGGUGGACUGCAACGAGAAAUCUUUCAUUCGAUGUGGUAUCGCCACCCUAGUUGGUAUGUCAACCAGACCGUUGUAGUAGUUGGCGGAGGAGCAAGUGGAAUCGACGUCUCGUCUCAGGUGUCGCAAUACGCCCGUAAAGUUUACCUUUCCAUUCGCAGUUCGCCACGGCGGGGGAUGCCAACGGGACCUGUGGAAAUGAAACCCGGGAUUUCACAUCUUACAUCGGAUGAGGUUGUCUUCACGGAUGGGUCGACAGUGCAGGACGUUGAUAUAAUCAUACUGGCUACAGGCUAUGAUUUGCGCAUGCCUUUCUUAGAAGAAGGCGGGGAAGUGAUCGUGAAACCGGGGUCCAACGAAACAGACGAACACAGGCUUACCACCAACCUGCGUUAUCUAUUCCCGCUCCAUAAACAUAUAUUUUCCCUGUCGGCAUCUUACCCAACGAACGCGUUGGCUUUUAUCGGUCUCCCGGGAUCGCCCUUCGGCCGUCCCUCAGAUAUUGCAGAGAGUAUCUACGCGACCUCGAUCAUUGUGAAUAGCAGCCUGCUCGCGCCCCGAGCGGAGUUGCUGAGCGAGCUAGCAGACAGCGAAGAAGACCUUCGGAGGCGAGGGUAUGAUCCCUAUUAUAUCGGACAUAAGAUGAUCAAGAAUUCCACGUUCGAUUAUCAAGAAGGUCUCAUCAAGACGUUGCGAUCGAAGGAGGGGUUGCCGGAGCAGAAUACCACUUUCGUCGAGCCCUGGAGAAGAGAAAGCCUUGAUUAUCUGAGGGGUAGUCUGAAGCGAGGGUGGAGCAGGUUGGAGGCACUUGGACUGGCAGCGGAGUGGCUAGAUGGGGUUGAGAGUGAAGAAGAGUGGGCUGAUCUUAUGAGACGAGUGGACGCGUGGCAGAAAGAUUGGGAGACAGUGCACCACCUGGUAUUUCCAGACGAGGCGCUCUUAUAUUGAUGG